CCCGAGGCUUCAUCUCCAAAGUGGGGAAGUUCCACUUGCCGUGAAUGGGGAUGUAUUCGGUGAGGAUGGCGUCCAGACGCCUUACCUGCUCCCAGUUUAGCACGCUCAGCAGAUAGAAGUGAAUCUCAAUGCUGCCCUCUAGAGAAAGACGUCUGUCAUGAUGCUUUAGCUCUACCUGUACGCAGGAAGGGCAAGGAAACGUUUGCAGACAUGAAGAAGUGAAUAUAUAAAUUGGAAAAGUUCAGAAAGAAAUCCCACAGUGUCAGAAGAGCUUGAUCCAGACUUUAAUCCUGCUUCAGCAACAGUCAAGACUGACUUCACGCACUUUUUCGCCAACAACUGCAAACAUGUCCCAGAAGAAAAGCAUCUGCCUCACUGGCCGUUUCCCAUGCAUCAAAUGUGACGACUGGAAAAGUCCAUGUGUUAAGCCGGUUUGUGAGCAUGGGCCGUACAUCAAGCCAGGUUGUAAACAAGGGCCAUGCAACAAGCCAGGUUGCGACCAUAAACCAUGCAUUAAACCCAUCUGUGUGCAAGAUCCAUGCAUCAAGCCAGGAGCCGACCACAAGCCGUGCGUCAAACCGAUUUGUGAGCAAGGAGCAUGCGUUAAGCCAGACUGUGACCAUAAGCCAUGCUUUAAACCGGUGUGCGGCCAACAGCCAUGCAACAAGACAGGUUGCGACCAUAAGCCAUGCAUUAAACCGGUUUGUGGGCAAAACCCUAAAUCAUGUCAUGAUGACCAGCAGAAUAUGAUCCUAGAGUCUGAAGGACGUGGAUGUGGAACCGAGGUGCCUGACGUGGUCCUGCAGGUGCGUUGCAUUGACCUGAUCAAAUCCAGAAAAGAACAGAAUCGCCUGGAGCACCGCGCAAACUGUUACCAUAGCGACCACCUCAUCGUCCGCAGAGGACAGACUUUCCAGAUGUGGAUCGAGCUGUCCCGGCCUUUCAAUCCCAAGACUGACCAGCUUCUCCUGGAGCUCAGACUGGGUGAUGUUCCAUCGAUACGCAACGGCACUCUGGUGAUCGUUCCGUUAGUGGAUGAGUUGAAGAAAACACACUGGGCGGCAAAGAUUGUCCAACAGGAGCAUAACCGCGUUAAACUGUGUGUUUACUCUGUAUCAACCGCACCCAUUGGACGAUACAGACUCACCGUAGUGACACGCGGUCCUAAGGGGCGGGCUUCUUCAGCGUACAAGCCCUGCAAUGACAUUUACAUGCUGUUUAACCCCUGGUGUAAAGAUGACUCUGUGUAUCUGGAUGAUGAUGCUCAGAGAAAUGAGUACGUGUUGAAUGACACGGGCAUCAUUUACCAUGGUACUAAACACCAGGUCAGCUGCAGAAACUGGAACUUUGAUCAAUUCGACGAGGGAAUCCUGGAUGCGUGUUUGUUUGUGCUGGAGAAAAGUGGAGCUGCGUGUCUGGGAUGGGGAGACCCUGUUAUCGUGGCCAGAGUUUUGUCUGCUAUGGUUAAUGCAGACAAUGACUGUGGUGUGUUGAUGGGUAACUGGUCAAACUGCUAUGAAAGUGGAACGUCUCCAGCGGCCUGGUGUGGAAGCGGUGAAAUCCUGAGACAGUAUCACAAAACUGUAGGAAAACCUGUUAAAUAUGGACAGAGCGUGGCCUUCGCCGGAGUCACUAACACACUGUUGAGAUGUCUCGGCAUUCCCGCUCGUCCUGUUACAAACUUCUGCUCUGCUCACGACACAGACGUGUCUGUGACAACAGAUGUUUACAUCGAUGAGAACUGUGAGCCAAUCAAACACCUGAACAAGGAUUCAAUCUGGAACUUUCACGUGUGGAACGAGUGCUGGAUGACUCGUCCAGAUCUUCCAGCUGGUUUUGGAGGAUGGCAGGUGGUUGACGCCACUCCUCAGGAGACCAGUCAGGGCUUCUUUCGCUGCGGCCCCACCUCUGUCUCUGCCGUCCGCAGCGGGCAGGUCUUCCACAAAUACGACACGCCCUUCGUCUUUGCCGAAGUGAACAGCGAUAUUGUUUACUGGCAGCGGACGGCUUGUGGAAGCUUUGCUGUGAUCCACGUUGACAAGAGCGCUGUGGGUCACAGCAUCAGCACCAAAGCCGUGGGCUCGGACAAACGCGUGGAAAUCACACAUCACUACAAACAUCCAGAAGGUUCAGAGGAGGAACGGAAAGCUGUGGAAACAGCCGCUCAGCACGGAUCCAAACGCUGCGAGUUCCCGCCGCCCUGCGCUGAGGAUGUGGUUUGUGAGAUCAGUAUGCAGAAGGAUCCGCUGUGUGUGGGAAAAGACGCCGUGCUCUCCAUCACUCUGAAGAACAAAUGCAACUCUCCUCGGACCGUCACACUCGGUAGUCAAGUGGUGGCCAUUUACUACACUGGAGUGCAGAAGACCUUAGUGAAGAAAGACCAGACGUGCAUCGAGCUCAAAGCCUGCGAAUCCAAGACUCUGUCGUGGACUCUGCGACAUGAGGAUUAUAGGUGUCAUCUUGUGGAUCACUCAUGUUUGAUGCUGAUGGUCACUGGACAGGUCCUGCAGACGAAACAAAUCCUGGCCAAACAGUUCAGAUUCAGAUUGUGUACACCAGAUCUUGUUAUUACUCCUGCAUGUGAUUGUGUGGUGGGCAUGGAGGUGCUAAUCAAAAUCACAUUCAAGAAUCCUCUGUCCUGCAUGUUGAAGAACGUGACCAUCCGUAUUGAAGGACUGGGACUGAAGCGUUGCAGAACUAUUAACUACGGCGAUAUUGCAAGUCUGGCCACAGUGAGUCUGACGGAGACGUUUAUUCCCAAAUGUCACGGUCCUUGUAAACUUGUGGCAUCACUGGACUGUCCUCAGCUGACUCAGGUUCAUGGAGCCUGCAACCUUGUUGUUAAAGAAAAGUGAAUUAAAUGGGAAAUCUGAAUGGCUUUAAUGCCUUUUAACAUGCGUUUCAUUACAUUAAGUAGCAUGUGCUAGUUCUGCUUGACCCAUUAAAAUGAAAACGGUCAGGGUGGGUGGAUUAUGCUCUUUAAAAAGUCUUUUUUGCAUGUGUGGAUGUCAUAUUUUGGGGAUUUUUUUUCUGACAGACUGCAAAUGUUCAAUCUUUGAUCAGCAUCAAUAAAAGUUAAUUGCAGUAAAUCAUAGGUAUGUUGGUUUGUGAUGUCCAAGUCAAACAAAAAGGGCUUUACAGCAAUGGCAGUUUUUGUCAAAGAACAAUUUUCAAAGCUUUACUUUCUUAUCUUUCAAUAGUUCAAAUAAACGUUUGCACUACAAAAAGCUUUUGUAAAACCGAAUGUUUCUGUGGAUGUUAAUAGUUCUGUAUGGAACCAACAUGUUGACAAUCUAUAUUUACUUUAAAUAUUUAUUCAUUUUAUGAGUGUACAGUGAACACUGGGGUUUAAUUACUGAAAUAUCUCAGUAAUGUUACAAGACCAAUGCCUUGAAGUAUUAACCCGAUAGAAAAUCUGGAUUAUUCGUAAUAUUUAAAAUGUAAUGCCACGUGUUGUCAAUAAUUACAUUCCUGGGAUUUUUUUCAAUUAUAAGAAAACCCCUGACAAAACCACAAAAAAACAUGAAGUUCAAAAUGUUGUGUCUCAAUUACAGAAGUAGAUCAGACAUCUACUUAGUUUCAUAAGGUUUUAAGAUUACUGGAAUGUAUUAACAUUUUAAAUUGUACAUCACAUAUUUGAGCCCUUUUUCUGUUCAUGCAUUUUCAUCAUUCCUCAGAUUAUUAUUUUUAUUAUAAUUGCUUUUCAUCUUUGAUACUGACUCGCAGUGCCCC